CUGUACAACGAGGCCUAUCUCAGUUCGAGUUAGUCCAUGUCCCAUACGAGCGAUGGCCGCUGGGGCGUUCUGAGAGCGAAAUUUCCCGGACUCCCAGAGCUCUGCGAAUCUCGAUCAUGGACUCGUCGUUCAAUCCCCCGACGCGAGCACACAUGGCGUUAGCGAAUGCGCCGCGCCCGUUUGUCGAAUCUAGUGGAUAUGAUGCCAAGAUCUAUCUGCUCUCCAUCAAGAAUGCCGACAAGACCCUCAAGUCGACGGACGCGACCUACCUGCAACGGCUCGAGAUGAUGCGGCUCUUGGCGCAGGACGCUGGAGAUGAAGACAACGUGGCUGUAGCAAUCGUCGAUGAGCCUACGUUUGUCGGGAAAGCCACCAAGUUGCAGACGUUCCUGAAACGCCGGCUGUCUGCGCUCGGCGCCAACAACCUCAUCCGACCUGAGCUCACCUUCAUCCUGGGCUUCGACACGCUGGAGCGUCUUGUAGCGCCACGAUACUACUCGUCGUCGUCUGAUGGCACGGAGGCGGAAGCGAAGAUGUUUGCCGCGCUGGACGAGUUUUUCUCGCCUGGCGUCGGGAACGCACGAGUCGCUUGUGCGCGACGGUCUCCCACGUCGGAUGCGGAGGAGUCAACCCUACGAUUGGCUGAAAAGUACUUGAAGUCCGAUCGGAUUGCGUUCAUUGAUAUCGGGGUGGCAGAGCAGACAUACAGCUCUACAGCGGUUCGUACCGCUCUCGGAAGAGGAGAUAAUGACAGUUGGGAGGAUCUGGUAUCUCCCAGAGUCAGAGAUUAUCUUUUACAGCAGAUUCUCUACUCCAAUUGAUGGCGCGACGUCUCUGGCACAGAUCUUAAGUAUAGAUUUAUCGUAUGUACUUUGAACAGUUUGUGUGCAGUGUUCAGAGAGACGAACAAGCCUUGGGGUCCUUAUCACAGGCCUCAAGUAGCAAAUAGUAUACAACUGUUGUACAACUGGCUCAGAAUCAGAA